UGAAUUGUGGCUUAGCUUGGUGGUUCGUUUUCGUAGCUAGCUUAGUCACAGACUAAACUAACGGCCGUUUUCCACGAAGAACUACAACUCCCAUGAGCAAAAAUCCUUACGCAAGGCUUACAUGACUUCCGACAUGAGCAUUUCAAAAUAAAACUUAGAGACGUUCUCUCCGUGAAAAAUCUCGCUCUCGGUGCCACUUUGUGCUUUUAUUUUAAAACCGGGGUCAUUCCUCCGGGUUUCGUCGAUCCCUGACGAAUCUCCCACCCGCUCCGCUCCCUCCUCCCCGACAGUUGGCGACCUGACAGCGGGCAGUGCCGUAUGAUUCUCCCGGGCAGGUUCACUCCUCCUUCGUCUUCUGCGCGAUGAGGCUCCGUUUGGCCGGGGCCGUGCUGCUGGCGGCGGCCGCCUACUACGUGUACCUGCCGCUACCGAGCGGCGUGAGCGAGCCGUGGAAGCUGAUGCUGCUGGACGCGCUGUUCCGGAGCUUCAUGCGGGCGAGCGACGCGGCCCACACCCUGGGCGUGUGCCACCGUGUUCACCUGCUGAACCGGGUGGUGUCCUGGGUGGAGGUGAUCGAGGCUCGCUCCAGUCCCACCGUCAACGUGACCGACUCCACCCUGGGAGGCGUCCCCACCCGCGUGUUUCAGCCAAACGGAGAAAGCAGGCUGAGAAGAGGAGUCAUCUAUUUCCACGGAGGAGGCUGGGCGCUCGCUAGUGGCAAGAUGCGCUCCUAUGACCUCCUCUGUCGGAAAAUGGCGGAGGAUCUGGACGCUGUCAUAAUGUCUGUGGAUUACCGCCUUGCUCCCGAGGCCGUGUUUCCGGAUCAGUACCACGACGCCGUGGCAGCGUCGCGGGUCUUCCUGUCCGCUGAACUCUUGCAGCAGUACGGCAUCGAUCCGGAGCGGCUCUGCGUGUCUGGAGACAGCGCUGGAGGAAACCUGGCUGCUGCUGUGGCGCAGGAGCUCAGCCUGGAUAACUCUCUGCAGGUGAAAUUCAAAGCCCAGGCGCUGAUCUACCCAGUGCUGCAGGCUCUCGACUUCCACACGCCGUCGUACCAGCAGAACCAGGCCGUGCCCAUCCUCUACAGGCCUUACAUGGCCCGCUUCUGGCUGCAGUACCUGGGCGCCGACUCCUCCCUGGAGCCCGUCCUACUGGUGAACAACCACAGCGCUCUGGACGAGCGGGCCAUCAGCGCCGCCACCCGCUCCAACCUGAACUGGACCGCUCUGCUGCCAGCCGAGCGCAAGAAGAACUUCAAGCCGGUCGUUAAGGAGAAGGGAUCGCCAGGCGUGGUGGGCGCGGUGCCGGGGCUGAUAGACGUGAGGGCGGCGCCGCUGCUGGCGGAGCAGGAGGUUCUGGGUAAAACACCCAGAGCAUAUGUGAUGACGUGCGAGUUUGACGUUUUGCGGGACGACGGACUGAUGUACGGCAGGCGGCUGCGGGACGCUGGCGUUGAGGUGACGAGUGACCACUACGAGGACGGUUUCCAUGGCUGCAUGGUGUUUGCGAACCUGCCAAUGAUGUCGAGUGUUGGACAGAGAAGUAUGAGGAACUACAUUCGCUGGCUGGACCAGAACCUAUGAGCAGGACUCCACACAUAUGGGAGCUCUUAGUUGAAUUUUUAAAAAUUGUUGUAAAGAAAACCCAAAAACAAAACAAGCAGUAACCAUCUUUACACUGCAAAAAAACUCAAUUAUCCAGUAUUUUUGGUCUAGUUUCUAGUGAAAAUUUCUUAUUGCACACUAAAUAAGAUAACACUAACUUGAGAGUAACUUUUCAUCAGGAAAUAGGAGCUGGUUUAAGUCAAUAAUUCCUUGAAAAAGUCCUUGUUUCAUUGGCAGAUAAAGUGAAAUUAGAACCUUUUCAACAAUAUUUAUAUCUUGCUGGAAGGUUAUCUUUAGCUUAAUUUUGUCUUAUUAAGUGAACUAAUGUAUUUAACAGAAACGAGACUAAAAAUACUUGGUCAGAUUUUGUGUUUUUGCAGUGUAAACAGACAUGAUGAUCUGAUUUACUGCUUCAGAAAUGCUUUAAAAAAACUCACUGGAUCUGAAUAUUUUAUUGAAAAUAGAGAAAAAAAGAUAUUUAUGAAAAGCAAAUAUUAUUAUGGGGGAACAUUCUGAAGAGGGGGAAAUAUAUUUAUGGCUUAUUUAUUUCUUGAAAUUUCUAAAGAAAAAAAAAAAGAACACUUUUUUUAUGUAAGCUAAUUUUACACUGGAUUAAAAGAAAAUGAAUUCACACAUACUUAAUAAAAAAGAAAGUCAGCCACUGGACAAAACGCAUAAUGGAUCAGUGUUUUACUUUAGAGUCUGCACAAUUUAUAAAUUUGUACUUUGGCACAUUUUAUUUGAUAUAUUUGUUAAUUAGGUCAUUUAUGUUUAUGAUUUAUGUAUUUUAUUUAAAGGGUUAGUGUUUUUGAUUAAUUGACAUUUUAGUUGGACACAACAAGGUGCUGUACAGGCCACAAAGCUGCUGUUUGCAACACCUGAGCUUAUUCAAAGUACUUUUUGCAAUUAAUUAAAUUUGUUACAUGUGAGACAAACACAUAAAUUAAUUAUAUAAUUUAAUGCAGUAAAUAUGGCCACUUUUUGGCUCCUCAAAUCCAUAAACAUUGAAGUACAAAACAUGUUUAUCAUGAUUUUUUUGUUAUUUAUUUUUAUUUAUAACUCAAUUGGGAGGUGAGUUAUAACCUCACCUCCCAGCUUAGAAGAUGGUACAAAGCAUCUUCUAAGCUGCCUUGUACCGUUCAGAGUUCACUUCAAACAAAACGUUUUACUUUAAACGUUCGGAUUUUACGCAUCGUUACUGUUAAACUUGUACCAGACGGUAAAGUAAUGAAAGUUCAGAAACAAAAUGGUUAUGGUAAAACCAAGUAAACACUUAUUCAAGCAAAGGCUACUCAAACAAAUAGCUAAUACCAAUUAGCUAUUUUAGCUAACUUGUAACCAAGCUAACUCUAAUAACUACAUGACCUAGCUACUACUAACUAACUGUUCACUUGUGGGAAUGUAGGUAAACGCUUCUUGCAGUGUAAAAGUCCCUGAAGUGAUCAGCUAUGUUAACUAAAGGUUAACAUUUAUUUUAGCUUGCAGCUAAAUAAUCCAACAACUACUAAAGCUAAUGACAACUCAUGGGAGUAACGUAUUGGGCUAAUGACUACUCAAACUAAAUAUUAUUUUAAUUAAAAGCUACACAAACUAAUACCUAACUAAUUGAAUUGCUAGUCAGGGUUAUAGAUAGGUAAGCUAACAGCUAAACAAACUAAAAUGUAGUGAAGCUAAUGCUGUGAUCCAUUUGUGGCUGGAAAUUUCAACUUCCGAGUUGGAAAAAUAAACUUGAAAGCCCCCCAAAGUUGGACUUUGUUGGACAAUCUUUCCAUUUUAGCUAGCAGCAAUUUAGGCUAAUAGCAACUCAAACUAACAGUUGAUAAAAUAAUAGCUACCCAAGCUAAUAACUACUCACUCUUGAAAGUAUUAAUGCUAAUGCUUAGUUAAAUUUUUAGCUGCUUAAGCUUACAGUGAUUCAAGCUAAUAUCUACUUAAGCUAUUCUGCUCAAGCUAACGUCUACUCAGAGCUACUUAAGCUUGGUGCUGUUUAGGCUAGCUACUUCUUAGGCUAACUGCUACUUAGCAUCUACUCAAGCUGUCAGAUUUUUUAAAUUAACAGCUGGAAAACAAUUGCUCAAGAUAAUGACUGAUUAAGCUGAUUGUGACUCAAGCUAACAGCUAUUAAUGCUAAAAGCCUAGCAACAUUUAAAAGUUCAUCAUUUGAAAGAACUCAAACUCUACUCCUAGAUUAAGAUAAGGCUAUAUUUAUUUUUGAUUUUUUUACUCUUUACUGAUUUUAUAUGAAACAUUUGUUUAUGUUUGUCACUGUUUUCUCGUCUGUGUUGCUUUGGAAACUGUAUUUUCAGUAUAUCUUACACUUAAAACCAUAUUUUUAAAUUUAAUCAGGCAACAACUCCAAGACUAAAAAGUAAUGUUUACAUAAUAAAUUAUGACAUUCCUUUCAUUUUGUUCAAUAAGCCAGAAAGCAUUUUUUAAAAGAAUACAUCAUGAUUUGACUUUUUGCCAAAGCAAAAUGUAAUAAUUCAUACUGAAAUAAAGGAACAUUGCUUUCCUUUUUAAUUAUUAUUCCACUGUUUAAAAAUGGUCUGCAGAUUGAAGAUGAUGCACUUUGUAAAAGUAAAGCUUUACAUUUUGAAUAAAGCUGCUUCCAGUUUGAAGAAC